ACCGUAUAUAAACCAAAUAAUUUUUUACGUUCCCACAGAACAACGAAUCUUCGCGUCUCUUCUAUUUUAUUGCAGUUUCGUAGUGCAUCUAAUUGGUACUGGUCGGUUUUAUUCUCAUCUUAUUUACGUACAUUUUUUGAACCACUUCGGAUUUUAAAUUAUGAAUACUGCAAUAGUUAUUUUCUUUUUGGCAGCACUUAGUGUUGCUCACUCUGAACCACCCAUGACUUAUGGGGCACCCUCUCAAGGAUAUGGAGCCCCUGGGGGCGGUCAUGGCAUGGGGGGCGGCAAAGGAUAUGAAGAACCUCAAGCGUAUGAAUUCGGCUACAGAGUAAAAGACGACUACUCCGGAUCGAGUUUCCACCAAAAAGAAGCGAGUGACGGUAGCCAAGUGCGGGGAGAGUACAGGGUGCAACUUCCCGAUGGUCGAACUCAAAUUGUGACUUAUUACGCUGACUGGCAAACGGGAUUCCAUGCUGACGUUAAAUAUGAAGGACAAGCGACUUAUCCAGCGCAGAAACCACAACAGACCUACGGAGCUCCAAGUGCUGGUGGAGGUGGAAGUGGAUACAGUUACCCCAGUCCAGGUGGUCAAUAUGGUGCUCCACGUUAGUUCUUUGCCGGAUAUAAUUUUUUUUUUACUUUCAAAAAUUAAAACAUGUACCUUUAAUCGUUUUAAAUUUAAAAAAGUGAGUUUGUAAGGGGCAUUUUACACCAAAAAAAUUACCAUAAUUUUACAAGAACAUAAGUAUAUUUAGUUUAGUGUGAAUAAAUGAAAAAUCAAAAAUUA